AAGUGACACCCCCGUGAUUUUUCUCCUCUUUUUUUAUUGAUAGAUCAUCUGACAGGUGUUCCACAAAAAUAAACAAAAUUACAUUUUUUUAGGGAAAUUGCAGAUUAAUAUGAUAUGAAUUAGUUAUCUAUUCCUGGAUAAAUUAUGAUUGUGAAGUGAUAUGAUGAAUAGUAGGAGAUAUGUUAUAGCAAGUGCAAUAAUCGGCUUUUGUGCAAUAUCUCUGUUUUUACCCUUCUAUGUGACACUAGCUUGUAUACCCAUUUUACUAAUUGCGUUAAUUUUACUGGGAGUGUCUUUUGCACUAUGGAUAAAUGUUAUGCUUUCGUCGCCUCACAAAACCGUCUCUGGAGCUGAACAUAUAUUAAAACAAUCAGAGACAUUUAGAAAUAAAUUAUUGAAAGAUUUUGAUUCAAAUCAGUCAGUAAGGAACAUUCAAAGUAAUGUUCCUCAAAUAUUUGGAAGAACAGUGGACAGUCUACUCCAACAAUUACUAGAUUUUGUAAUAAGAGACUAUAUUAUUGUUUAUUUGAAAGACUAUGCAUAUGACUUGGAAUAUUUAUCGGCAAAUAUAAAGGAUGAUUUAUGGGGAGCUGUAAAAAAUUUACAUGAAAAGUUUUUAAGGGUAGACCAUGCCAAGCUUAUUGCUUGCGAUGUAGUCACAGUUAUAACAAAUCAUUUUGAAAAAAUUAGGGAAUCUAAAAGUAUUAUUGCAGAUCUAGAUAUGCCACCUGAAUUUGUGUUGUCUGCUCAUGUGAUGUCUUCAGAUGUUGAGUUACAUUAUCUGAGAGUUUUGAGUGAAGUUUUUAUAAUGUUUUUAUUACCUCGUACAUAUUCAUUAGCGCCGACAAAGUAUUUUUUAAGAGAAGUCUUGUGCUGCAAAGUGUUCAAACCUUUUGUCGAUAUGGUGACUGAUCCAGAUUUUUUCAAUAGAAAUCUUAUUAAUUACAUUGAAAAAACUAAUCAGCAGCAAAUUAAUUUGCCAAAGAAAGUUUUAGAAAAUGUGGAAGUUUUCAUUGAUAAAACUGAUGAUAUUCAAGUAUUAAAACAAGUCAGAUAUAGCAUUGUAACAAGGCUAAUGCAGGCUACAACCCUGCAAAAUUUGAAUCGAGCUAAAGGAGUUGACUUGGACAAUGAAAAAGGGAAUAUGACGUCAUCGGGGAUCCCUAAGUCUGACAUAACGGCAGCUAAAAAACUGAAAAAGACUAUUAACCAUCUGACGAUGGCGAAAAAUAUGUGUGACAAGAAACUACUCAAUCUCGGUUGUGAUUUAGGGUUUCAAUGCGGCGACGAUUUUAAUAAGGUGUUACCCUUAAUAACUGUUUUGGACCACAUCUUAGGCCGAAAAUUUCUAUCGCAAUUUCUUCAAACUUUAGCCAGUCACGACCUGGUCAGGUUCUGGAUAGCUGUAGAGGAGUUGCGUACGGCACAACGAAACCAGUGGCACCAGCUGGGUGCCGAAAUUUUUUACACUUUUAUUAGGAAUCCCAUUUCGGAAAUCAAAGUCGACAAGACGAUACGAAAAAGGAUGGAAUCCUUUUUGUUGGGUGAUAAGGGACCCGAGGUAUUCUAUGAAGUACAGCAGCAAGUAGUUCAGACCAUAGAAGACAAGUACUACCAGCCGUUCUUGAUCAGCGACUACUACAAAGAGAUGAUUAUAGCGAUGGAGAAGGAGAAUGACAUUGUGGAGACUGACAGCGGAGGUUCGGGUGAUGAAAAACAGAGUUCUGUCGAUUCUACUACCACUGUAGAAACGGGACUGAAUGUGGGAGAUCAUUCCAAUUAUGCUAGAAGAAAACUCGACCAGUUAGCGGAGAAACUAAAUAAUAAAAUUCAGGCCUUAGCGGCUCUCAAGUCAUCGAUGCGACCGGAAUCUAAAGUUUUGGGCAAGUUAGAAAACGAAGUCGAGUGGCUGCAAGGAGAGAAACGUCAGUUAGAAGCUCACUUGACGAGAACGGAAAUUUGGGCCGAAAAUUUAGGUAGAUGGACCACUAUCGUGCAAAGCGCUGAGGUUCUCGAAGAAAAGGAACCUCUUCAAUUUGUCCUGGUAGUUCAAAUGUCCAAGGACGACCAAUCAGACGGCGAACCAAUCAGCACCGGCUGGGUCGUAUGUCGCAGCCUGACGGAAUUUCAAGAGUUACACAAGAAAUUGCGACCUCUGUGCUCGGAAGUGAGGAACUUGGAACUGCCGUCGAACACGUUUAAGUUCUUGUUUGGCAAAACCGACAAAGCCUCUCUCGACAAAGCCAAGUUACAAAUCCAAAAAUAUCUUGACUUUGUCUUAAAAAAUGACCGACUGAACCAAAGUGAGGCUGUUUAUUCGUUUUUAAGUCCUAGUUCAGAGCAUUUGAAGCAUUCCACUCCUAGUCCCAAAAAAUCGAGGUUUUCUUUGUCGACGAUAUUUAAAAGUGGCAGCGAACAAAGUUCGACUUUUUCCAUAUUGAAAGACAACUCGGAAGAGGACAUAUCUCAGUGUUUAGAGACUGUUUCCAUGGACACGGUGGACUUUAUAAAACCCAACGGCAAUGCCAUUAAAGUCUGCGAGGAUGGCAAAGAUUCCAUUGCCGAGCCCCUGUACGCUCUUCUCAGCGAGCUCUUCGACAUGAGAGGCGUGUUCAAGUAUGUGAGGAAAACUUUAAUCGGAUUCGUUCAAGUCACAUAUGGUCGCAACAUCAAUCGGCAAAUCUACGAGACCAUAUCGUGGUGGUUCUCGGAAGAGAUGCUCCACUACUACGUGGCCCAAAUCCUGAAAAAUUUCUGGCCGGGCGGAGCGCUCGCCCCCGCCGGACCGCUUCGCACCAAAGAGGAAAGACUGGAAACGGCGCAACGGGCGCAGGAAAUGCUGAUCAACAACGUGCCCGAGAUACUGACGACGCUGGUGGGCGGCAACGCGGCGCGCAACGGCGCCAAGAAGGUGUUCGACGCCCUGCAGGAGAAGAACAUGAACAAGCAGCUUUUUUACGAGGUGCUCGAGAUCGUACUGGAUUCUGCAUUUCCCGAAAUUAGUUAAGGUAUACAUAGGUCUAUAUUUAAGUUUUAAUCACUAAAAAUUUAUAUUUUUAUAUUUAAGUUUUAAUCCUUAAAAAAAUCUUUAAUUUUAACUGUACAAAUAAAAUAACAACGCAAUUACUUAAACUAUGUUCUAUAGAAAAAAAAACACUAAAGCUAUUUUUAUGAAUUAGGAGAAUGAAGUGCGUCUGUGUUUCUGUUGUGUUUUACUAGUCUAUUAAUGUUAAAUUAUUUUUUAAUUGUAUAAAACUAUUAUCAUGACAAAAAAAAUAGGAAAAACAAAAAUGUAUUUGUAAGGGACAUGGAUCGUGAUCCAGAGCAUAUAAAUUAUUAUUGUUUUUUAUCCAAGCACAAUUUUUAUACACUUAUUUAAGAGUUUUUAUAGUGGACCUGUAUAUGUAUUAUUAAUUUUUUCUACUCACUGUAUAUAAUACCUGAUUUUUAUAACUAACAUCAUUUCAAUCAUUAUCAUUCUAGGAGGCCUAAAAAAACUAAAAAGUACUAAGUAAACCUAAAAAUAUUUUAAUUAUGGUUUUAGGAAAAUUGUAGUUAUAAAAUAUUGUAUUUAUUAAGAUACAGAGUUUAGUGCGCAGGUCCAUUAUUUUUUAAGUUAAGUAAGACACAUACAGCGAGUGUCAAAAAGUUCACAAAAAUUCUCAUUCUCUUUACAAAUGCAAAAGUGGGGUUAGGUGGCAAAAUAACGAAAAAUGUCAAAAAGUAAAGCUAUUCAGAAUUUAGUUCUUGUUUAAAUAUCAAGAUUUAUAGGUAUACAGGAACUUUCGACAAAUAUUAGUUUUAUGAUUAUUUUUUGCAGAAAAAAAUGUAUGUUUUCUAUAGAAUGACAUAAGAGAAAGCAAUAAUUAUAAUGAACAUAAUUUCUUUUUUUCCGUCCUACAGUAUAUUAUAAAAAAUAAAUAAAAAUAUUUAUGUUCAGACUACCAUAUGGGAUAUCUUUAUUGCAAUGAGAAAUUCUGGGAAAGCCUUUUUUUUUAAUAGUUCAAUAAUAAAAAAAUCCAUUGAUUGUGAACUUUUUGACACAUUUUGUAAAUUGAUGACAAUUAUUUUAAUAAAUGUGUAAUGCUUUA